AUGCGGACAAGCGACGACGGGAAGGUUACGAUCAGCGGCGAAGUUGCCUACAUCCCCGGGCAGAGCAGUCAGCGAAUACACUUCCUGGUUGAGCUUAUGGCCGCAGGACUGUGCUUGAGAAAUUGGAAUGAUGGUCUCGUUCAAUUCCAAACUCAUUUUGAGGACAAUGAGCUCCGUCUCUGUCAUACGAGCUGCAAAAUCUUGGACGCUGGUCUUCUCGUGGAUCUGUUACGGAGGCUGCGAGUCUGGCUGGAGAACCAUCCGAAUGAAGUCGUCAGCGUCCUCAUGGGCAAUGACAACUUCAUCGACGUAGGAAACUACACCGCCUCAAUAGUCAACUCGGGCUUGAUCGAUUAUGUGUACCACCCGCCCGCCGCGAAUCUAGAUCUCGACGCGUGGCCCACCUUAGGGGACAUGAUUUAG